AUGCGCUGGUUCGAGGGCUCGAUCCCGGCGGCCAUCGCGGCAGCUAAAGAGCGCAGAUGCGUGUUUGUGGUGGUGAUCACAGACAAGACCAAGCGUCUGCUGGAGGAGAGGAGUCGAGAGAAGGCCGAGGAGCGAGCGGCUAGAGAGCGGGUCAAGCAGCAGAUCGCUCUGGACCGUGCAGACAGAGCGGCACGUUACGCUCAAAGUCAGCUGGACGCAGAGACGGCUCGGAUCGCAGCGCUGCAGGCCAGAGCCACAGAACAGGAGGCGCGGAGAGACGCUGCGCAGCGAGAGAGGAGUGCGUUUGCCAGGAUUCAGUUCCGUCUGCCUGACGGCUCGUCCUUCACGAACCAGUUCCCGUCACAGACGCGUCUGCAGGAGGCCCGGCAGUUCGCCGCUCAGGAGGUGGGGAACCGAUACGGUCAGUUCUCUCUGGCCACUAUGUUCCCCCGGAGAGAGUUCACAGCUGAAGAUCUGCAGAAAUCACUGCUGGAGCUGGAACUGACCCCCAGCGCCUCCAUCGUGCUGCUUCCUCAGUCCAGCCGCCCGUCCAACACUGUGGUGCACUCAUCUGCGGGCGGCGGCGUCUGGGCCAUGCUGGGGUCGCUGCUGUACCCGCUGCUGGCCGUCUGGAGGUUCAUCAGUGGCUUCCUGUUCAGCAGCCCUCCUCCACCUGCUGCCGCCCAGAACCAACACACGACAAACGCGUACGGCUCUAGCGCUGCCGCAGAACCAAAGAGGUGUGUCUGUGACCUCACUGUGAUUUCAGUUACCUCACCGUGACCUCACCGUUACUCC